AUGGCCUUCUUGAAAAGUGUGCUACUGGCGCUUUCAGCAGCAAAGGCUCUUGCAGAGUCCUCCAGUACUGCUGCCAGCUGCAACCCGAUCAAAACUUCCGGAUGCUCACCAGACCCAGCUUUGGGAUCCGCAUUCAGCGAAUCGUUCACUUCUGAAUCUGAACAUUUCCAUAAACUACAAUAUGCUACGGGCCAGAUCAAUUACACUGACGAUGGCAUGGCCAUGACGAUCAACAAGCGUUUUGACAACCCAAGUCUCAAAUCGGACUUUUACCUGAUGUUCGGUAAAGUGGAGGUGGAGUUCAAGGCUGCCGCAGGUCAAGGUAUCAUCUCUUCUUUCUACCUUCAGAGCGAUGACCUGGACGAAAUCGACUUGGAAUGGACCGGAGGAGACAUCACACAGUUCCAAUCCAACUAUUUCUUUAAAGGUGACACCACCACAUGGGACAGAGGCGCCUUCCACGGCGUAGACGCCCCACAAGAAAAAUUCCACAACUACACGGUCGACUGGGCCAUGGACAAGACCGUCUGGUACUUGGACGGCUCUCCCGUCAGAACUCUAACAAACGACUCCAGCGAGGGCUACCCACAGUCCCCAAUGUACGUCAUGAUGGGCUGCUGGGCCGGCGGUGAUCCUGACAACCAGCCAGGUACCAUCGAAUGGGCCGGAGGUCUCACUGACUACACCAAGGCACCUUUCACCAUGUACGUCAAGCGUGUGGUCAUCACAGACUACUCUACCGGCGAGCAAUACUCGUACAACGGUCAGUCUGGAAGCUGGGAAUCCAUCGAGGCUAAAAACGGUAAGGUUUACGGUAGAUACGAAGAUGCACAGGCCGAUUUCUCGUCGUUGACCAAUGGCCAAACGAUCAGCUCCAGCGCGAAAGCUUCGAGUACUUCGAGUGCUUCCAGUGCCUCUUCUAGUGCUUCUUCCAGUGCCUCUUCCAGUGCUUCUUCCAGUGCCUCUUCUAGUGCUUCUUCCAGUGCUUCUUCAAGUGCUUCUUCAAGUGCUUCUUCAAGUGCUUCUUCUAGCGCUUCUUCCAGUGCUUCCCCAAGUGCUUCCUCAAGUGCUUCUUCAAGUGCUUCUUCAAGUGCUUCUUCUAGCGCUUCUUCCAGUGCUUCCCCAAGUGCUUCCUCAAGUGCCAAGUCCUCCGCCUCUUCUACUGCCAAGUCAUCUGCCUCCUCUAGUGCUCCUUCCAGCACCUCCUCUCAGUCCAGCUCGGCCGCUCCUAAGUCUGAAUCUUCUGCUGCUCACUCCGAAUCUGCUUCUACGAUCCCAGCGUCUACCCAAUCCUCUGGCAAGCCCGAGAGCUCGACUACCACUGCUGAGGCCGCUGCUGUGACCUCCUCUGCUGAUGAAAGUAAAUCAUCUGCUGGUUCUACUCUUUCGACUUCUACUUUGUCGUCUGCCAGCAGCUCUUACUCUAUCAGCAUGAACACCAGCAAUGGAGCAUACACUCUGAAGAUGAGCCUGCCAGCGCUUCUUGCUGCUGCGGCAUUCCUAAUAUAA